CUGUGCCUCGCGACAUGCAACCACUGGAAGUACAGUAUGUGCUGUUCGUGGCCGCUUAAAAAUGCUGAAAUAUUAGUAUAAACGGCGGUAGACUAAGACUUGAUUGCAGACUCUCCUACAUCUUCGUUUUCUCAUUUGCGUUCUCGCUUCUGAACAAUGGCUGACCUCGGCGCUCCUCGGAAAACCAAUGCUAGCAAUAUUGACCAGCUCUCACUCUCCAGCCAUGAGAUUUUCGAUGGUACCCAGUCUGGGCUGGAGAAGCCGCAGUCAGCCAUUUCAGAAACUUUGGGUUCAACACCAAGCCCUCGAAACAUGAAGCAGAUCUCGUGGGUGCUGGUCUUGAUCUCUAUCCUCUCAGCUGUGUUUCUGUUCGCUCUCGACAAUACAGUUGUCGCAGACAUUCAACCAAAGAUUAUCAACAUUUUUGGUGAAAUUGAGAAGCUACCAUGGGCAUCCGUUGCGUUCGCGCUAGGUGCUGUAGCUGUUAAUUUGUUCUGGGGGAAGCUUUUCGGAGACUUUGAUGGCAAGAUCCUCUACGUGAUUGCAUUUGUGCUAUUCGAGGUUGGCUCUGCCGUUUGUGGAUCCGCCCGAUCAAUGAACGCUCUCAUCGUCGGGCGUGCCGUCUGUGGCGUGGGCGGCGCCGGCAUCUACAUUGGUGCGAUGAACCUUCUUAGUGCCCUCACCUCUGAGCAGGAACGCCCCGGGAUCUUGAGCUUAGUAGGCCUCAUGUGGGGUCUAGGGACAGUUCUCGGCCCAAUUGUUGGUGGCGCCUUCGCCGACAGCUCGGCAACUUGGAGAUGGGCCUUCUACAUCAACCUAGUCGUUGGUGCACUGGCUGCUCCAAUCUAUGUCUUCCUGAUCCCUUCUCAGAACCCACGUCCGGGUGUUCCCUUCGCGAAGCGAUUCGGAAGCUUGGAUUGGGUGGGCGCAGUCAUCGUUGCCGGAGCUUUUGUCUCAGGAACUAUGGCCAUUGCGUUUGGCGGGGCCGUAUACGAGUGGAGCAGCGGCCAGACCAUCGGCCUGUUCGUCUGCUCUGCUGUGCUAUGGAUCAUCUUCGGUGUGCAGCAGGCAUUCUGCAUCUUCGUCUCUCAAGACCAUCGUCUCUUUCCCUUGGAGUUCCUUAGGUCUUACGAGAUGUGUAUCCUGUUCGCACAAGUGGCUGCAUCCGUCACUUGCGCAUUCGUACCGACUUACUUCAUUCCUCUAUUCUUCCAAUUCGCCAAGAACGAUAGCGCCCUCGAUGCUGGUGUCCGUCUUCUACCAUUUGUCUUGGUCAUGGUUGCGACGGUGGUCUUCAAUGGUAUUGCUAUGGGCAAGGUAGGGUACUACAUGCCAUGGUACCUUGUCGGUGGCCUCAUUGCAACCAUCGGAUCUGCCUUGAUGUACACCGUCAAGCUAGAGACCAGCCCGGCAAAAAUAUACGGGUACAGCAUCAUACUCGCUUUUGGAACUGGUCUCUUCUCUCAGGCAUCGUUCCCAGUGGCGCAAGCUAAGGUCAAGCCUAGCCAGAUCGCGCCAGCAACAGCCUUCAUCGGCUGUGGCCAACUGGUCGGUAUCGUGCUGGCUCUUACCAUCUCAAACACCAUCUUCAUCAAUCAGGCAACCAUCAAGAUUACCAACAUCCUGCCCGACGUUCCUAAAGGACUCAUUCAGCUUGCCAUUACUGGUGCAAGUGGUGACUUCUUUAAGACCUUGGAGGAGGUUGCUCGCGAAGCUGUUUUGCGAGCGAUUGUAUCGGCCAUCUCGUAUGCAUACGUGAUGACCUUGUCUGGGGCCAUUCUCGCUGUCCUCAUGUCGGUGUUCAUGAAGCGUGAGAAGCUCUUCAUCGCC